CAGAAGUAGAGCAGCAGACCACUAUUUAAAACGUUUGAAAUGUCUGAUCAUGUCAUUUAUUGUGUCUGUGUAAGAGGAACGAGGAGUUGAGUUUUACUCUUUCUAAGAAGCAAAAUGCUUUCUUCAGUGAGAGUUUCUGUAAGGCGAGCAAUGGCAACGAAUUUAGCAAAGAAGAUUGACCAGGUGCAGGAAGCUGCACUUGUGGAGUCAUGUAUUUUAGUUGACAAAAACGAUAAAGUGAUUGGGAGAGCGAGUAAACACGACUGUCACAAAGUUGGGCCUGAUGGAAACAUUCCUCUCCACCGAGCAUUUAGUGUUUUGAUAUUCAACUCAAGAAAUGAGAUUUUACUCCAGAAAAGAUCUGAUAUGAAGGUGACAUUCCCUGGAUUCGUUACAAACGCCUGUUGCAGCCACCCUUUGUUUGACAUUGAAGGUGAAACAGAAGAGAAGAAUGCUCUAGGUAUUCGGCUGGCAGCGCAGCGCAGGCUACAGCACGAGUUAGGCAUACCAAAACAUGAAAUAGACAUUGAUUCAUUGCAGUACUUAACCCGGAUUCAUUACAAGUUUAUUGGUGAUGGCGUCUGGGGUGAACAUGAGAUUGAUUACAUCCUUAUUCUGCAUAAGGAUGUGACCUUGAACCCUAACCCAAACGAGGUCAGCCAGGUGUGUUUCGUUCCUAAAAAUGAGUUCAAUACGUUUCUGAACAAGCUGGAAGAACCUGUCUCACCGUGGUUUCGGCUUGUUGUGGAAAACGGGCUCAGUAAAUGGUGGGACAAUAUAAAUGAUUUGUCAAAAUUUUACGAUCACGGAAGCAUCAAUACAUUUGAAAGCACGAAUCACAAUUUGUAGAAUGUGACUUCAGUUCUGAACUAAGGUAAAGAAAAGAUUAAGUUAAACCAUUCUAGUUUAAUAUGAACAAGGAACAGUGGGUUAAAUAGAAUGUUUGUAUAACAGGGGAUGGAAAUUACAUGUCCACUAUUCAGGAGGGGGGGGGGGGCAAUUCAGUAACACAUGUAUACAGAUGUUUUGGGACUCAGUAAUAUUAAUUUAGUUUAAUCAGAGAAUUUCAGUAUGUGGUUUUGUUACUUGCUUAAACACAGAAAUGGUACAAGUUAAAAUUUAAAAUUGAUUUUAGUCUGAAGGUUAAAUUAAUUUUAAAAAACUACAGACGUUAACUCAUCUAACGUUUUUAUGUUUAUUUGCAAUAUUCAAAAAAACAUUUUUAAAUUUGUACUGUCUACUUUUUAAUAAUUCAUUAUUGUUUGGUAAUAAUAUUUAUUAUUGCUAUUUAAAUUGUUAAUCAUGAUAUAGUAUUAUCUCCUGAGUUGAAAUACCUCUGAUAAAUCAUUGAUGAUCUAUACUCAUAUUUUUCAAAACCUUAUUAUAAACUUGUAUCCAAAUAUGAAAUGCCCCCUAAAAGUGACCUAUUUAUAGUUUAAUGUGCCUUAUUGUAUGUAUCGUUUAUGGAGGUAGUUUAAAUUCAGGUAUUUCCUAUUUCAAACCUAGUUAUAAGAAAAGAAAAAUAAUUUUCUAUCAAUGUAUUUUCUUGAAACCUUUCUUAAAACUAUAAAAUGCAGAAUAAGUUUUAAAAUAGAUAAACUUAUUGUACUUAAACAAGAUAGGUAUUUUACAAGCUUGCACACAAGUACAUACUCCCAUAUCAAUUGUUGCAUUUUAAAUAUUUGAUUGGAACUUUUUUUAAAAGGGGAAGCCAUGCAAUCAUUAGUGAAAUUUACCCUACAAAUUUCGUCAAGCAAGUCACUUGUGCUUAGGGCAUGCAGUUAUAUUUUAAACUAACUUAUAUGAUUUCAAGCUAUUUUCUGAAAAGUUCAAUGUCACAUUUAAUUGAAAAGUGUUAUGUGUUCGAUUAAAAAAAAAAAAUGUUCUAUUAGUGCUUAACAUUUAACUAGAUUGAAACAUAUUGAUUAAAUAGUGUUUUAGUAUUAUUAAUGGCCUGAAGUUUGAUACAGAUGAAUAAAUAGGGAUGUACACUAUCAGAAACUAGUAACAGUAGUUUGCUGACAUGCUUUGCUAUAAUAGUGAACUAUUCAUUAUUAAAUUAAAUAUCAUAUUGAAAUUUUAGGCUGAUAUCCGAUCAUAUACAGAGAAUGCAUACAAUAAUCAAUCUUGUUUUUAUUAAAAAGAUCAAUAAUAAAGUUGCAACAAAAAAAUUAAUCGGACAUUUGUAUUACAAAAGGGGUGUAUCUACUCAUAAUUACUUCAUAUAUUACAAUUUGUCAUAUUAAUUAAUAUAAUUUAUGAUUAAGAGUUUGUUAAAACUCUGGUAGGAUUUCUCAAGAACUUAUUGACCCUCACAAAAUUUAUUAAAACUUGAAUUAAUAGGAAAGUCAACACAAAAACCAUAAUUUCAGAAGAAUCGUGAAAUAUUUAAUUUUACAGCAAAUUAAAUAACAAUAAUGCCUUCUAUUUUAUAACAAUACACAAAGAAUAAGAGAAAGUUGAAUAUACUGUUUCAUUUAGGAACAGUAAAAUACUGAAACAAAACACAAGUAUAAGAAAAAAAACAAGAUUUUCUUUUCUUUAAUCUUGUGCAACUUGUACAAAGUAGAAGAUGACUGAAAUUCUAAGAUAGAGUAGAAAUAGGUAGUAAGAGUUUAUUAUUUAACAUGCCAAAGAAUAAUAGACUCACUGAUAACAACAUAGGCCUACAUAUUGUAACAAACAUAUUGGAAUGAAGGAUGUGUCACUGCAGUGUGAUUAAGUACACUAAUACCUACCAUCUCAUUCUCACUGAUAAAAAUGUAUUCAGAUAUUUAACCAAAUUGAACAUAACAGUAAUAGCUUCAAUACGCUACUAAAAAUUGUCAACAAUGGCAAAGAUUAUAUUUGUGAUUGUCAGAUUGCAGAUUAUGCAAAACAAAUCAAAUAACUUUGUUUUAGAAAAUCAUUUUAGGUUUCUCUCUGCAAAAACAAUUCAUGCAUUAUCAUGUGAAAGAUUCUACUAUGUAAAGUAACUUGAACAUUAUACAGAGUAUGUGUAUUUGUAACAAAUAAAUAGAAAGAUAACAUUUGUUAAAAAAUUAUAUGCUUAUGUAAUUAGUAGUUUUAUCUGGAAAAUUAUUUUUCAUGUUGUAGGAAGAUGUCAAUGAUCUGAAGAUCUUCAAAUUUAAGACCUUUGAAAUUUUUGAAAGUAUCAUGUUUUUCAUUGCAAUUUUCUUUGUUGUUUAUUUCAUUUCAAUAUUAAUAAUUAUGUAUAUUAUGUUGUUAAUUAUACACCAUACUUUUUAGAACUUUAGGCUCUAAUCUGUUAUUUACAUUUAAGUAUAUACAGUAAAAAUAUAUAUUUAAAACCCUAGGUUUUGUUGUAGUUUUAUAAUUGUGUUUUGUUAUAUUUAUCUGUAUUUGGGUUUAUGAUAAAAAAUAGUGUUUAUAUUUAUUGUUAUUUAUUUAUUUAUAAGAAUGCUUGUUAUAUAGUAAUAAACUGUUACAUUUGUUA